AUGGUUGCCUACCCACCACACCAUCAGAUUCUGUCAACACUUCUCCAAGAUCUACAACGCGAGAAGGCUUGCAGGGAACACGGAUUCUAUCUCGCAUUCGCCGCCCUCAAAAGGAUCGAUAACACCGCAACAAUCAUCAAGGACAGGUCCUUACAUACCCGGUCUCCUUCACUUGCCACACAUUCUUGCCUGCAAAAGGAGAUAUCUUGCAAGGGACUGUCAUCAAAGUUUUGUGGGACAGAGUUUUCAUCGGAUCAGCUCCACUCACUUACGUAUACCUCCCGCCCUCAAAAAUGCCAGGUUACCAGUAUUUCCCGUCAGAGUCGGAGGAUGAGAAGCCGUUUUUUUCGGAAAGAAGAUCUCACCAAGAUAGCUGCUGAAGUUGUUGUGCGGUUUAAAGUUGAGACCGUGCAGUUUAAGGAGAAACCAAAGAAGAACGAGUUUUACACUCUGACAACUAUGGAAGACGAUGAUACAUUUGGACUUGGUCCUAUCUCUCUUAUAGGACCAGAUGCACCGUACAUGUGA